AUGGCGGACAGUGAAACUAACGCAGAGAAAUCAGCAAAAUUCGAAGAUUUCUUAAGCUCCCUACCACAAGAGAUCAAGGCCGGGAUUCUAUCUCGACUGCCAUUGAAGACGGUGGCUCAAUCCAGAGCCGUCUGUCCGGCGUGGAACUUGAGUCACGGCGACCCGUCUCUCCUCGAUAUGCUUAUUUCCUGCAAAUUCGCUCUUAAUCGGACAUGGGUUUUUCUGGGCGUUCACCGUAUCCACACUUCCGUAUUCUUCACCGAUCUUUAUGAUGAUGCCGGCGAGGAAGAAGACAAUAAGGCGGACCGC